AUGACUUCCCUAAUCAGCGCCGUGUUUGGCGACAAGUCCAAAGACGACGACACCACCGAGAGCAAGGAGGAAAACACCACCGAAAGCAAAGACAACAACACCACCGAGAGCAAAGACGACACCACUACUGCGAGCAAAGAUAAUACCGCUACCCAGACUUCCGAUGCGCCCCCAGAGACCAACCGCGAAGCAGCCGGCAAUGCGCGGUCAGACCAGACGACGGCGAGAGCUUCACAGGCGGAAGUCAAGCAGCCUAAGAAGAUAUACGAACUCCCAAAGCAGAAUCCGCCUCCCGGAACGAUUCCGUGUCCAGACCCCUCAGUGCAUAGCAGAGACACGAGGCUGCAAGAGCAGGCGUCGAACGCGGCCCUGUACACCACUAGCCCUCGGAAGAAGACGAACCCUGGCGGCAACAUACUCGGACCAGAUCAGAAGCUUUCGUCAGCAAGUGCCGCGCAAUCCCUCAAAUAUGCUAGUCCGCAACAGCUACCCAGCUUCCCUGUGGUUGGCAUAAAUACCACGGGCUCAGCAAAUUCGGCGGCUAAUCUAGCUAACACCAAUCACAAGAAUGUGGAGAUCUGGAGGCCGGACGCGUCGAGCGCCGCAGGCAAGGCAGCACUACUGGCAAAGGACUACAAGAUGGACCCGCUUUGGAAGCCCGAAGCCAGCGCAGCAGGCUCCAAGGCGGCUCUUCUGGCGGCCAGAGACGGAGGCAAGGUCAACAUAUGGACUCCCGAAGCGCACGCCGAAGGCAACUCUGCCGCGAACAUUGCCAUGCGCGAAAAGAACCUUGUCCCUCAAUUGGACUAUGGCUAUACCGAGGAUGGUCACAAGAAAGCACUUAUGGCUGCUACCGGUGCCCUCUCUGGCCGGCAAAGAGCAGGCUCAACGCCGACACAACCCAAUCUGUAUCCGGACCAAGCCAACUCUGCGCACAACGCUCUUAAUGCUGCUCGCGGGUCUGUUAGGGAUGCGAACAGGCUCGGUUCUGCCGCGAUGGAGGCAGCGCGGGUAAAGAACCUGGGCAAAAAUAUGCCUAGGGAGAUGUUCUCUGAGCACCCGCCGGUAGCAAUUGAAGUUGAGGAGAAGAGGCACCAAGAAGCUCUCCACGCAUCUGCAGUCUCUAUGGCCAAGAAGAUGUACGAGAUAACGCAAGCACGCGCCGAAGAACAAGCACAUGGCGGAGAUGGCCUCACUGCGGCGCGCGGCGUGCAUGGCAGGCAACCAUCUGCACGUGAUCAAGAGGUCAAGCAGCAGGCGAUGCAGUACAUGAACCUACAAGAGGCAGCGCAGAAGCUGGCGGCCGAGAGGCUGGCAAAGCUAAAGCAACCGGAUGAGGCCGCCAUCUACCGGCAGUACUACGGUUAUGACAAUCCGCCGCCAAAGUCACGACUGUCCAUUAGGCGCGGCAGGCGGCGAGCAAACAGUGAGGGCGAGCCUGUUGAUUCGGAUGACGAGCAGCAAUCUCGCAGGAUCCGAUCGCAGAUGUCCAAAUUCGAUAAAGACAUCGAGCAGGUUGACUCGAAGAAGCGGCAGAAAGACCGCGACGCUCUGCUUGCGGCUGCGGAGCGAAGAGUGCAAGCUCAGAUGCACAACAUGGACGAGAAAGUCUUCGCAGACACCGGCAAAGUCUCACCCGCGAUGAUGGAAGAAUGGGAGGCCAAGGCCCGCGCGCGUGCUGCUGCAGACAGUGAGGCCCGUAUGGUCAACCAUGGCAAGGUGCACAUCGGCGGCGGUAGGUUCAUGGAUCAGUCGGAGAUUGACGCCAUCGCUGCUGCCAGGAUGCAACCUACACUCAACGAGAUCACCGAGGCUGCUGAGAAGCAGCGAGCCAGGGACGAGGAGAUACGCUUGGACCAGGAAGAGAAGAAGCGCCAGGCGCAGAAAGAGAAAGAACGGCUUGCCAGGGAGAAGGAAGAGCAGAAACGAUUGAAGGCUGAGCAAAAGGCAGCCGCCCGAAACAAAAAGGAUGCGGAGAAAAUUGCCGCACAUACAGCGAAAGACGCUGAGAAGGCCAAGAAGGCCGAAGAGAAGCGUGUCAAGGAAGAACAGCGCAGGUCCAAAGAAGUCAAGAGGCCUGCGACUGCGGAGACAGCCCCUACAACAGACGCAGUCACCACUCCUGUUACAGCCGCGGUCGCCGCUCCUACGGAACCAGCCCAUGAAACCACUUCGCACGACGAUGACGACAUAGACCCGAAGAGCCCCAUCCCCACUGCCCCUGUUACGGAGGACCGACCAGCGGUUGCUCAGGUACCUAGCUACCACGAGGCAGUGGAGCGUAUCGCUACUAGUAGCAGUAGCCUCAGUAGUAGCAGCGAAUCCGACCUCUACGAAGAACCUUCUCCUCGACAAAGUACCUCAGCACGACCCAAAGAAGCCGUGGCGCCCAAAGAAGCUGUAGUACUCGAAGAAGUCGUAGACGAAGGCGUGAUCACGGCGCCUCCAGAGGUCGUAGCUCAACGCGUGCUUACAUCGCCUGUAACCGAUUACCCGGAGAAUCCGAUUCCUCUGCCGACAACGCUGGACACCUCGACAACGCUUACAGGCGCUUCCACGGCACCCAAGCCUUCGGAAGACACCACGCGGUCCAAGUCAACCCCUUCGGACACCACUACUCCUGCCUCUGCCACUCCUGCUGCUGCCGUGCCUGCUGCUGCCGCGCCUGCUGCUGCUGCGCCUGCCCCAGCCAGGAAAGAGUCCCGCGUGAAGUCCCUCCUCGGCAAGUUCAAGCGCCACCCCAAAGCGGAAGCCUCCGACGCCUCCACAAAGGAGAAGAGCGCCUUCAUCGGCGGCGCCACCCUGACAGGUGGGGCAGUGACAGCAACAACCGAACCCACCCCCGCUGCUACCUCCCAACCCGCCACAUCUACCACCCAGCCCCCCGCCACAACGACCACAACCACUAACACCCUCACCCCCGUCAACAGCGCUCCUGCCGAUACACACGAAAGAUCGCGCAGCCGGAGCCCCACCUCCAUGAGCAUCAGCUCGCUGUCCAGCAGCGGCGACGAAGGCGUGCAGCGUGGCAGGACGGGACGGAGGCCGAGCGAUCUGAGCGGGAAUGAGGACUUUGAGGAGGCGAGGGAUACCUUUGAUGAAAAGUUGGCGCCGCCGCCGAGUUUUGGGACCGAAGGACGGGUGUCGGGGAGUCCGGUCAGGGACUCGAAGUUUCAGGAACAGUUGUAG